CUAUAACGGUACAUUGCACCACUCUAGCCCCGUAGGCGUGCCUAAACUUGAACAACAUUGCAAGAACUAGAGGUCUAGCGGUUCUUCAACGACUAGACAACAGUUUCUGGGGAUAACCUAUACCAGCGCGGAGCACUGUCUGAGCUCCGUAGGCGUGCCUCUGACUUAAAUUUGUUGUUACAAGAACAACUGUAGUGGCUGCUCCACGACUUGAAGAAGAUGCACGCCGACUUACUGCAGAUCUUGAGACUCCACCGUCUGGACUUGGUAGUGAACUUGAGCUACAACAUCGACACCGUGGUCGACUAUCUCUGCAGAGGAGACGUCAUCAUAAGGGACGAGAAGGACACUAUCAUCUCUCAUGACAGGCAGGAAGACAGGGUCACGUGUCUGCUGGACAUCUUGGAGACUAAGGACGACGACGCCUUCUAUGGUUUUCGUGACACGCUGUUAAAAACAGGCCCGCCACAUCUUCCCAUACUACUGGACGCUAAAACGGACGUGUUGGGGGGUCAGCUCCAACAAACUACGGAUUGA